UCCGGAGAGGGGGCCCGGGCAGGAGGCGUUUCGGAGCGGAGGCUGGUGGAGGAGCGACGAGUCCAGUCGCCGAAGUUAGCUGGCUAACUUUAGCUGCUAGCUCAUUUAAAGUAACAAAAAUGUAUUCCAUCCACUCUUUGCGGAUCGAAGGGGAUUUCUGCGAGGCUCGGGGAGUUUGUCGUGUCGACACAGCACCGCGUCGUUGAUGUGUCCUACGCUUGAGUUAUGCUUUCGCGAAAGAAAAGCAAAAACGAAGCGUCGAAACCAGCCGAGGUCCACGGGAAAUACGUGAAGAAGGAAACGUCGCCGCUCCUGAGAAUGAACUCAGAUGGAUUUCGUUAAGAAGCAGGUAGGGAUCAGGGCGUCUUGCUCAAGGAUUCUUCGAGAUCUUAUGCCCUCUUUUAUUCGCCAUGGACCCACCAUUCCAAGACGCACGGAGGUCCCCAUGCCGGAGGCGGGGCCGACGGUGUACACGGCCCCGCCCAGCAGGGAGCCCGCAGUGUCCCGCAACAAGAGCUUCCUCCGGCCCCCGGUCCAGAGGCCGCCCCACGAGGUGGCCCGCCGCGAGAGCCACCGGCUGUCGGCGCCCCCCUACCUCCCCCGCAGCCUGGGGGACCUCCCCCACGAGUACGCGGGCUCCGCCCAGUCCUUCCUGACGGAGGUGACCCCCAUGUCGGAGAACGGGGACCCCGGGCGCUACUAUUUCCCCCCCCCGGCGGAACAUUACUAUGACAACCAGCAGCAGCGACAGCAGCCUCACCGGCUCCAGGAGCCCUUCCACGAGGACUAUCGCUACUACGAACCCAACGAGCACAACUUCCAAAGACUGGCCCCGCUGCACACGCCCCCGGCCCCCACGAGACCCCCCGCUGGCAUCGGCCGCAUCCAGGCCAAGUCCCUGGGGAACCUGUCCAGCCUGGCGGCCGACGACCUCCCCCUGCCGGGGGGCUGGAGCGUGGACUGGACCAUCCGGGGCAGGAAGUACUACAUCGACCACAACACCAACACCACCCACUGGAGCCACCCGCUGGAGCGCGAGGGCCUGCCGCCCGGCUGGGAGAAGGUGGAGUCGGCAGAGUUCGGCGUCUACUACGUGGACCACGUCAACAAGCGCGCCCAGUACCGGCACCCCUGUGCCCCCAGCGUCCCGCGCUACGACCAGCCCCCCAAGCUGCCCCCCCCCGUGGUGUACCAGCCCCGCCCCGCUGAGAGGAGCCAGCCCGUCUUGGUGCCGGCCAACCCCUACCACACCGCCGAGAUCCCCGACUGGCUGCAGGUCUACGCCCGCGCCCCCCUAAAGUACGACCACAUCCUGAAGUGGGAGCUGUUCCAGCUGGGAGACCUGGACACCUACCAGGGCAUGCUGAAGCUGCUCUUCAUGAAGGAGCUGGAGCACAUCGUCAAGAGCUACGAGGCGUACCGCCAGGCGCUGCUCUCUGAGGCCGACGCCCGCAAGCAGCAGCAGCAGUGGUACGCCCAGCACGCCGCCAAUCAGGCCUUCAUGGGGAACAUGUGACCGGGGGGCUACCCCCCAGGGUGGGUGUGUGUGUGUGUGUGUGUGUGUGGAGGAUGCACCCCUUUUGAGGCGGCUGGGGUUUGGGGGGGGGGGGGGGGGGAGUAGUCUGUGGGGUUUCUUCGGACAUUGUGAUUGGCUCCUGGUUGGUACUUCUACCAAACGCAUCUGUGCCUUGGCCUGGUCCAAUUAGAGAGAGACAAACAAAUUCUCUCUCUCUCUCUUGCCUUGUCACUAUCUCCUCUCUCUCUCUCUCUGCAACAUUGGAAAAAUGACAACAGAGACCGUACCAAGAUGAGGAAGAGGGGAGGAAUACGGGCUGCGUCUUAAGACGGACGGAGGACAGAAGGAGGACUCUUGGUUCCUCCCUAAAAAAUACUGUGGGAGGGCUUUGUUUUAACAGCAGCCGCUCUGCGAUUGGGCGAGAGCUGGGCCACACUGACUUCUCAUUGGUUGGGUCGAACCGCCUGCUCUUUUGAGUUGUUUUCCUACAGGAGAGAGAGAGGGGGCAGCUUCAUUACAUUAAACGUCUAUGAAUCAUCGCUAAUUAACGAAUAUUAUUUUACUGUACAUUCAUUGUAUAUUGUAGCCUCCAUAAACUGAAAUGAAAAUGAUUGGUCGGUUCACGGCCAGCGAGAAUGCUAAUUUUUCUUAUGUUUUUGUUAUUAUGGCUAUAUCCUUUAUAAUACAAUCUGCCAAAAGCUUCACACAUAUUUAAGUUUUGAUAUGAAACACGUGUUUUGUUGAGAGACGCUGCUGUUGAGGGAGGAAUGCCCUCUGCAUCGCUGUACAUCAGGAAUAUUAAUCUAAUGUGUAUAAAAUAAAACAGAUAAGCUAACCUGCCUCCUCCAUGUGA